ACGCUGCAGUUCGCGAUUUUGGUUUGCCGGUAGUCGGAGUUUCAUCAUGUCGUUGACUUCCUAAUAUCUUAUGGAAUGAAACAUUCAUUUUGAAUAGACUACAAGACAAUGAUUAACUGCAUAUUUAAGUAUCAUAUUGAGAAAUUUCCAUCGAGGGCUGUGAGUUCUUCACCAAGAAAACAUGGCCUUUUAUGACGGAGCUGUGCUGAAAUGCGUUCACGCCGCGCUUCAGCUGUGGACUUUUCUGUGGACGUGGUUUUAUCUGUGGGGAUGGAAGCCUUUGCUUUCGAAAGUUAAGGGUCAAAAGGCGACGUUGUCGCGGUGCAAAGAGGACAGGAAAAGCCUGCAGAAGCUGCCCUGCCAUCUUGGUCUCCUCGUAGCUGAGCAGAAGAUUUCCUACGGAGAUGUCUGUAGUUUGAUGGUGUGGAGUAUGGCGCUUGGAAUUUCCUACAUCAGUGUUUAUGAUUGGCACGGAACCUUGAAGAAGAAUGCAGUACUUGUGAAAAGCCACCUGGACAGAUUACAAGAAGAGAUAUUUGGAAAGGACAAGUCCAAAUACACAUUUCAGCUUCACCAGAGUAGCAGUAAAAAGCACAGCAGUAAUGAAGGAGCACAGGUUCACAUAUUGCUGCUGUCGCCCUCAGAUGGUAGACUUGACCUAGUCCGGACAGCAGGGGACUACUGUCAUGCCGUAGCCAACCGAAUACUCAAACCAGAGGACAUUAGCACAGACUUGGUCAACUCAAUGUUGCAUUCCACCAAAGGCUUCCCUGACCCUGAUGUACUGGUGAGGUUUGGACAGAUCGAGAGUCUUCUUGGCUACCUUCCGUGGCAAAUACGUCUCACUGAGAUCUUAUCCAUGCCAACUCACUGGGGUGUAGGUUACGAGUCAUUCCUAGAUGUCCUUCAUCAGUUCGCAGGGACGCAUCAAAGAUUUGGGAAGUAAUCAUCGAUAUGCUUAUUUUUAUGUUAAAUGUGCUUUUUAUUUGAAUGCAACAAGGCAUAUGCAUACAUUUGUACAAAGCUAAUUUUUUU